UGCGUGUUCCGUGUUCGUGGCCGCCUCUCUCUUUUCUUCUUCCCCUUGGCCUUCCCCCCGCCGCGCGCCGCUGAGAAGUCAAGCAUACCACUCGGGACCGGAUUCCCCAAGGUCCGGUCCACCGCAGCCGCCAUUUCCCACCCACCCCUUGCUCCUCCUCCUUCCUCACGCACGUUUGUCGCACCGACUCCGACGGCGGCGCUCGAGUUCGGGGGUCUUCGCGGUCGUUCGGGGACUGGCUGAGUGCUUGGCUUUCAGGGCCGCUAGUGCGUCGCUUGCUGGAGUUGCCUUCGCUGCGCGGGUGGCGGUGGCUGGCGCCUGCUGUGUUCUCCGCCGGCGUCGGCUUCGUUGCGUCGGGCUGUUUCCGUCGGCUUGAAUUGGGCUGCGGUUGAUCAGGACAUGAUGGCAGCUGAGUAAGGUUGAUGAAAUGCUUGUGUUGAUAUCAUAAGUGCAAUUCGCAAAAAAAAAAGAUAUCAUAAGUGCAAACGGUAUUCAUUGAAUUAACAGCAGGCCAGAUAAUAGUUUGAGAAUCUCAGUAAUGGGUUGUUGUUGUUCCAUCUUUUGCCAUAAGAGAAGGGCAUUCCGCCAGGAAAGUUUAAAGCAUAAUGAAGACCUCGGUAAUACUGAUACAACAAGAUACACUUAUAAGGAGCUAGCAAAGGCAACAGAGAAUUUUAACCCAUCCAAUAAGAUUGGCGAGGGAGGUUUUGGAUCUGUGUAUAAGGGGCGGCUAAGGAAUGGAAAACUUAUUGCUGUCAAGGUAUUAUCUGUAGAGUCAAGACAAGGACUGAAGGAAUUUAUGAAUGAACUUAUGGCAAUUUCGAACAUAUCUCAUGGUAAUCUUGUCAGCCUAUAUGGCUAUUGUGUGGAAGGAAACCAAAGGAUCCUUGUAUACAAUUAUCUUGAAAAUAAUAGCCUUGCGCAAACACUUCUAGGUUCUGGCCGCAGCAACAUUCAGUUUGACUGGAGAACUAGAGUAAAUAUUUGUCUUGGUAUCGCCAGGGGAUUGGCAUACCUCCAUGACGUUGUCAAUCCCCACAUUGUUCACCGAGACAUCAAAGCAAGCAAUAUACUUCUUGACAAGGAUCUCACCCCUAAAAUUUCUGAUUUCGGUUUAGCGAAGCUUCUACCUCCAAACGCAUCACAUAUUAGCACAAGGGUUGCAGGAACAUUAGGUUACUUGGCUCCUGAGUAUGCCAUUCGAGGACAAGUGACACGGAAGUCAGAUGUAUAUAGUUUUGGUGUUUUGCUUCUGGAAAUAGUUAGUGGGAGAUCCAACACGAGUACAAGAUUAUCCUAUCAAGAUCAGAUACUUCUUGAAAAGUUCCCAGAGGUGACAAAUGGGGUUCUUCUCUUGCAGACAUGGAUGUAUUAUGAGCAGGGAGAUUUGCAGAAAAUCAUAGACAGUUCUUUGGGCAAUGACUUCGAUGUUGCACAAGCCUGCAGGUUCCUGAAAGUUGGACUUCUAUGUACGCAAGAUGUCACAAAACAUCGACCCACUAUGUCAACAGUCGUCGGCAUGCUAACGGGCAUAAAGGAUGUUGACUCGGAGAAGAUCAGCAAGCCCGCUACAAUUAGCGACUUCAUGGACCUUAAGAUCAGGAGCAUGAGGAAAGAAAAUGAGAUUGCUUUCGCUUCAUCCUCCACGUUGCUAUCCAGCAUCAUGGCACACUCUUCUCCUUCGUCGUCACAAGAGACAACACAAGCCUCCAUAACAUUCACCACGAUAUCAGAUCGCUGAGUGACCUCAAGUUGGUUGCAAACGUGAAGAACAUGUAGAGAAGUAGCAUAGGCGAAUGCCUUUUCCAGAGAUUAUCUUGCUCGUGUAUAGAUUCACUUCAUUUAUAGUAGUACAUAAACAGCAUUGUUUGAUCAAAGAAGUUCAUGAUUUGACUUGUGUGCGUACAGUACAGUACUUGAUUCAUGGUGCACUUUCAGCGUGCAUGUGCAUCCUGUUUAGUGUGUGUGUUUGGUGUCAAAAUACAAUUACCUGGUGAAAGUUUGAAACCCGGCCUGUGAGUCAGUGAGUACAUAACCCGGAUGCAUCAAAAUCCAGAUGAA